AUGUGGCAGCAGAUGAGUGCUCCAGAAAUCGUUGCUCGUUCAUUCGGCUAUAUCGACACGGACUUCCCCAACCCUAACGGAGAAAACGAUACUAGUGUCAUCAUAUAUGGCUACACACCCUCCAUUGGGCUUGCCGCCUUUGCCGCGGCAUGGUUCUUUGUUCACCUGGUCGUGCAUACCGCGCAAAAUUUUACAACUCGCUGUUGGUGGUGGAUGACAUUCUCCACUGGCUUAAUUUUCGAGAUCGUUGGAUACAUUGCGCGAUCUUUAUCAGCCAAAGAGGAUCCAUACAACCUUAUCUUUUUCGUUCUCCAAUACUUCUUCAUUGUGACUGCUCCGGUAUUUCUCGCUGCGGGGAUUUACACCAUUUCUUCGGCACUGAUCUCCCGACUGGGGAAAACAUACUCAUUCCUCAAGCCGGCGGUCAUCUUGGGAUUUUUCAUCACUUCAGAUGUGGUCUCAACCAUCGUCCAGAUCGCAGGUGCUUGUCUAGUUGGCGUGAAAGAAUCUCAACGAGAGGAUCCCACAACGGCGAACCACAUUUUGCUGGCUGGUCUUGCCUACCAAGUCUUUGCAAUGAGUAUAUUUGUCACCUUGAUGGCAACAUUCCAAUUCCGAGCUCGACAUGCCAUAAAGGAACACGGUUACCGACUCUUCUGCUUUGCCUGUUCUGUUGCGACUAUCAUGGUUUAUCUGAGAACCAUUUUCCGCCUGGCAGAGACAGCACAGGGUUUAGGCGGAAAUUUGUCAACCAAUGAAGUGUUUUUUGCGUGCCUCGAAUUCGCACCUAUCGCCGUCGUGGUUCUUUUGCUUGGUAUUUGGCAUCCGGGUCGCUGUCUAGGAGCAAAGGUGCGCGUUUGUGACGAGAAUAUGCAGCUAUAUGGUGACUUGAGAACGUUUCCUCAUUUUCAUGCAUAG